UUUAAUACACUGAUGGGAUUCAUAUAGCUUUACUUUUUAUUAAUUGAACAAUUAUGACUGUGGAUGCAGAUCUUUCAUGAUCAAUGUCUUUACUGAUUACAGUAUAUAUAUCUAAGGAUGUGAUAGCCCACGUCAGGUGACGUCAGUUUGAAUCUGUAAACAUGUGUGUUGACACACAAAACAGUAAGAAAUUGAUCAAAUAACAAAUAAACUUGAAUGUUGUAAUAAAACAUAAGAGAUUGUGGUGCAGAUCAAGCAUCUUGUCGGAAGAUAAAUAAAUCGGUCAAUAGUGGAAAUAUAAAAGGAAUUAUGUAUAAUAAAAAUUCAAGUAUUUAACAGAAGUUAAAAACUUGGCAUAUAAUAAUAUCUGCUUUCUGUGGUUCACUACCAGUAAAAAUGUGAUUCAGAUAUUUGAAUAAUGGGUUCUACACCCUAUGAUACUUAUAGAAAUAUAAAACAAAGGCUAGAAGAAGAGCCAGAGAAUAUUUCGUGGACAUUGCCUCGGAAAGUUUGUAUUCUAAAGGUGACAGGAAAAUUGGGCAUUAAAGUAAAAGUAUACGAGAGUAAAAUAUGUGAUAAGACCUAUGCAAUUGUGACAAGGGUGAAAGACGAAUGUCGGCUGAUACAGGGACACAAUUUGGCUGAAUAUGAACGAAUUAUUUCCAUAAACAACACCAAUAUUGAGACUUAUACAGAAGACUGUGUUCUUCACCUGUUACAAACUCAUCAACCUGAUGUAGAACUUCUUGUGUGUCGUUUAGACUUGAAAAGGUAUCGUGACCCAUCUGGAUCUUAUACAAGUGAAAUGUCUGGUCGGCCUUCAAUAAAGAUCAAGCAAGUCAAACCUGAAGAAAGUACAAACCAAAUAAUUUCUGCAGAAUCAUUACUCGAUUCGCUUGUUCCAGGACAUUUUUUAGAAGAUAGAAAUAUUUCUGUACCUGUUAUUAAUUCUCCGAGUGAGAUGAUGUAUAACCCAGAACCAUGUACCUGUAAUUCUCUAGAUUCAGCAACCAGGAAACCAAAACCAAAUAUUAACCCACAGGGUAAUACAGAAAUCUAUAUAAAAUAUCCCCACUGUGUCAAGUGGUCAUCAACUAAAACAAUAACACUCGAUAGAGGCAACAAGCAGAACUUUGGAUUUAAAUACAAAAUUAAACAGUGUACUUACCGACAAGAUGAUUGGUACACACUUGUUGUAGAAGUGAAGGAUACCCCUGCAGAAGGCAAGCUGAUGAUUGGUGAUUACAUCAGAUCUAUAAAUGGCCAGGCUUUGGCAACACCACAUGAGGCAUUCAAAAUGAUGGAUAAAUUGGAGGAUUCAAUAACAGCCAAGAUUGUUUUGCAGCGACCAGAAGAUGUUGUUGAAGAUUUCAGGGGCAAAAUACAACAAGCCAAAGAUAUUUGCAGUGCAAAGCAGAUAAAUCCUGCGAUUAAUGAACCUGAAAACAGGAAACCAAUGAGACAAAAUAGUUCCACAUCACAGAAAUCCACUGGUUCAGGAAAACUGUUCCCCGGUGAACAAAAACUGAUGGCAGUGCAUCCUUCUAAAACUGAGGCAGCUAAAACUGGCUUGAAAUAUAAACAAGCUGAUAACAAUACUCUAGUGUCGGGAUUAUUUAAUGUUGUUAGACCUGGAUCUAGUUGUUCAAAUUCUAACGAGUCCCAUAUGAACUUUUUAGAAAAUGAAAAACUUGUUGAUAACUCAGAAGUUCAUUUAAUUGUGCCAGAACCACCAGUAUUAAACAAUAACAAUCAAAUUUUGUCAGAGUUUCAAUCAAAUCGGAUAGUAAAACUACCGAAAAUUAGGAUAUUUAUAUGUGGCAAUGAGGCAAGAGCAUUAGCCAAAUUAUUAGUGCCGUCAAGUUUUUUAAAGACAGACACUAGCAGUGCACAUUGUUUGUAUGAAUGUGUUAAAUGUACAAUGGACAUGAGUAAAGCUGGGGAUGUUAGUUUUAUGCCUUGGUCAUCAUAUGACAAUUUGUUACAGUCAGAGGAAACUACAAGGUUACAUGCUAGUAAUGACUCUCUGGUCAAUGGGGAGGUAAACAAACAAAGAGAAGAGGAUUAUUUACAUAGAGGUGUUGUCAAUACAGAAAUAUUCAUUGUGCCAGAUGAGAAACUAUUUCAAUACGGAUGCCAUUACUUAUUUACAAGGACAAGUUUAUUUUUGCUGACAUUUAAUGGUGCCAAAGUUUUAAAUUCUGCUGCAGGAGAAAUUCUACGGUUACAAAAUUUGAUCCAUACUAUAAGAUGUUGUGUGGGGUAUGAUAGCAAUAUCUUUACAUAUGGUCUUUUGAACAGUGAACAAGCUGAUUUCAAAGACGAGGUUCAAACUUUAUUUUAUACAUCCUACGGUCAACAGAUACGCAAAUAUAGUGUGACGAUUCCUGAUUUAAUUAUAUCUGACGAAAAUUCUAAUCAGAUUCCAUCCAAAAUAUUGAAAAAGAAUGUAUGGAAAGCUGUAAGUGAAACAAUUCAGAAACAACCUGUGUCUAUUCUCUCUGUUGUUAUGAUGGCACAACUUGAAAGGCUGCGCCAAGAAGGAAAACAAAUAAUAACAGAAGAAGAAUUCACAAAAAUGUUCAAAAUGGCUGUACCAAAUGGUGAACCUAGUCUACAACAUGUUGUAUGGACUACCUUGAAGGAGUUUGGUGAAUUACUCUCUCCAAAAGCAGCACCUUUAAAUUUACCCAACAACCAGCAAAUGGAGAAGUUGCUAUUUAUAGAUCCCGAGAUAAUACUUCAGCAUGUCCAAGGCUUGGUUUGUAUACCACAAAGACAUUCCUCAAGCAGUGAUAUCACCAAACACUGGAUUAAACUUGUUGCUACUGGAAACAUAUCAAAAGAAGACCUUUUGUCAAUCAUAAGUUCUCAAUCGAUUAAUGCAGAGAAGAUAUUGAAUCUUAUGUUAGCAUUUGGCAUGAUUUUCAAACAUUUUAUUGAUCAAGAUGGCAUUGAACAGUACCUUUUUCCAUACUUUCUGUCAGAACAAGGGCAUAUAAACCAUCAAAGGACAGACCGGAGUAAUGCCUGUUUGUAUUUACAGUGUGUUGAUCAGACUCAUUUGUCCAGCAUGCAGUUUUAUCAGCUUGCCUUUAGUAUCAGUAAUCAGUCUGAUGGUAACAGGAUCUCGCUGACCAGUGCUAACUCAUGCACCCUACAUCACCAGGGUCAUGAGAUCACUCUGGUACAUCACAAAUUUCAGGACAGAAUGCAGAUAAUUAUUGGAAAAAGUGAAAGAAACAAGAAGUUACAUUAUAUAUACCAAUGGUUAUGUGAUGUUUGUCAUGCUGCCCUACCACCUGAAGUUCAGUAUGUUUUAGGUCCAGAAUGUCCACUUCAGGAGGAUUGUGAGGUGAAAGGAUCAAAGACCAGCAUGCAUGUAGUGGACAUUUCAAGUAGGAGGUCUAUUUUAUGUAAAACAACAAGGAUUGAUAAUCACAAGGCUGUAAGAAGAUGGCUACAGGAUCAGAGCACAGAACCAAAAGUUUAUAUAAAAGAUUUGCCAUACAAUGUGUUCCAUAAACUUUUUACCUAUCUGCAGUGUGCGACAACUCUUGGGCAGGAUUGGAAAGGUUUAGGAGGAUUACUUGGAUUAUCAAUAAAUGAUAUCAAUGUUUAUGAAACAAAAAAAGAUCCUGCGAUGGUUCUUCUAUUGGAUCAGGAUCAAACCAAUAGAUUGACAGUCCAUGAGUUAAUAGAAUUAUUGGACCAUCCAGAUAUGAAAAGAAAAGAUCUCAUAGAACUGUUACAGAAUUGGUUAGAUAGCCGAAAUAGAUAAUCCCAACUCAUACAUCAAGACAGACAACUCUUACUUCACCUGAUUCAUUCAUAUGGAGUUUACACUUGAACAUCGAAACCAAAUACUGAUACAGUUUUGAAGGAACCCAAUGUCAUCUUACUGCAGAUUGAUUAUUAUUUGUUUGAUACCAAUUUUCAAUCAUUUAUCCACGACAGUACAAUUUUUCCUCAACCCAUGAGAAUUGGUGACCACAAAAAUAAAUGAAUCUACAGUAUUUCAAACUAAUGUUUGAAUUAUAAAUGGUAUAUAAAUUUUUACAAGAAGAAAUGAUUGAUAUUCAGACUUUUUAUUAUAUUUCUAAAAUAUGUAAAAAUCCCAAUGAUAUUGUUACUAAAAAGAACAAGGAUAGAAAAAAAUUAUAAGAUGUCUUUAGUUAAGUUAGUUUGAUUUUAUAACUUUGGACAAUGAUUGCACUGGGCAUCUUUUUUGAAUAAGUAUAGCACAUUUUGCAAAGCUUCAUGACAUGAUUUAUUCAAACAUUUAUUGAGAUUACAUUAUUUAUUCUUUGAAUAUCUCUCAUUUACCAAAAAAUAAUCUUAUGUUUUACUGGACUUUGUAAUUUUUGUGAAUAUUUUAAUAGUAUGCAAUUUUUGAACAAUGCAGUGUAAAGUGUUUAUAUAUUUAUUAAAUAGAAGGAAUGUGUAUGAUAUGAUUGAACAGUUUCACAUACUAUAGAUUAUAUGGAUUUAUAUUAGAUGCAUACAUAAUAUGAAAUGCUUGAUAUAGAAAUUCUGUAUAUUUUUCAUGUCUCUUCUACGAUUCUAAAUUGUGAAGUAGCUAUUGAAUUUUUAUAGUGAUAAAGUCAUAGUAAAAUAGUGAAUCAUCAUGAUUCUUAUAAUUUUAUUUCUUUGUUUUUUUACUUUUACAAGUUUAACCAACCACUUUAGAAUUGUACACUUUAAUAAUAAAAAAAAUCACUAAAGUUAGGUCAUACAUGUAUUAAAAAAGUUAUCUUGUUCUUAGAUACUGGAUUUUUUAGAAAGUGUAUUGUAUAUACAGACAAAUUUCUGACCUCCUUUGGUGUCGUUUCUGAACUAGAAAGAUGAGAUUUAUAUAUAAGUCAAAUUGAAUAAGGACUGGUGUAAUACCUAGUGUUUUGAGAUGAUUUUGAUCCAGACUUGCUUUAAUCUAUAUUUUGAUAUUGCUUUUGGAGGAACCUAUAAUUAUAGGUUUCAUAACGAGUGAGAGUUGGAUAGCACUUGUAUCAACUCCAGUCAUUUAAUUUCAGUAUAAUGAUAAACGAGCCUUUGGAUAGUUUAUUAUUACUAUUUAAAUAAAAUAAAGAGAGUUGAUAUGAAUUGAUAGCCAAUUCUAACCAUUUGUGAAACCUAUUCUUUUGCACAUACCAGUUUGAUGUCAUAUGUCCUGUUCCGACAUCAAACUUCAACAUCAGACAUUUUAAAACUUUUUGUAUGCUUCAGAUUGUAAUAAAAUUAACAAAAAGAACAUUUUCAGGUAAAAAGUGUGAGUGUUUAGUGUCGCAAUAUCCUUUCAUGAUGCAUAUAAGCCAAUCAAAUUAAAGCAUUUUUGGUAUCACUUUCGUGGAGAAUUGAUAACAGGCCACAACCAUGAGAGAAUGUAUUUUUGUAAGCUUUUUGUUUAUUUAUUAAUUGGACAGUCCCUAAGAAAAUAAUUCUGCUGUUAUCUGAAAAGCAUAUUUUUUGGUUCUGAAAUAAACUGCUGAAUAGAUUUUUUUUGUUUUUAUAUAUAUUUUAUGCAUGUUAAUUACUUAAGGGCAAACUCUUGUUUUUAAUAUCUGUUGUAUAAAAAGUUUAUAGUAGUAUUAAAUUAGGAUUACCAUUAUUUGUGUAUGUAAGGCCAAGGCAAAACAAAUAAUGACCAUAGAACAGACAAAAAUAAUGAUGUUAAAACCAAAGUUCACAGGGCAUUAUCAUAUCGUGAAGAAAAUCAAUUAAAACAAGGACAAUAUUCAUUUGUGGUUCAAAUAGUGGUUGAAUUUUUUGCACAUUUGAAAUUUUGAGAAAUGAUCUGAGAAAUUGAAAUUGUCUGACAUUAUGAGAUGUACAUGUAUAGCUAUGUAAAAUGAAUGUGCAAUAUAUAUUGUUAUUUUUAGUUUGAGUUAACAUAGUCCUGCAUCAACAUCACUCAUUAUGUCAAAAGAAGGGUUUUCUCACAUGUAAAAGACAAUAAUAUUUAGAAAACCAAACUCUUUUUCUGUAAUUGUCAGAUAAGACUACUCUAUAUUAAUACUUAGUAUAGAUGAUAUAAAUUAAUCUAAACUAACCAUAUGUGUCUCUCACAAAUGUUCUGUUCAGAAUUGUUUGAUGGGAUGUUUAACAAAUCUUGUACAACUGGAGCAGUUAAUCAAAAUUGAUACAGCAAACAAUUUACCCGUGUUUUACAUAAAAGAAAUUACAAAAUAGUAAAAUGAAAAGAAUAAUUUGGAUAUACACCAAUGAGACCGCAACCUAAUGACACAAAAACACCUAGAGGUAAACAUUGUCUUUAUCAAUAGACAUAUGUGUAUGUAGUCUGUUAAUUGAUGCAGCAACCUAAUGACACAAAAACACCAAGAGGUAAACAUUGUCUUUAACAAUAGACAUAUGUGUAUGUAGUCUGUUAAUUGAUGCAGCAACCUAAUGGCACAAAAACACCAAGAGGUAAACAUUGUCUUUAACAAUAGACAUAUGUGUAUGUAGUCUGUUAAUUGAUGCAGCAACCUAAUGGCACAAAAACACCGAGAGGUAAACAUUGUCUUUAUCAAUAGACAUAUGUGUAUGUAGUCUGUUAAUUGAUGCAGCAACCUAAUGACACAAAAACACCUGGAGGUAAACAUUGUCUAUAUCAAUAGACAUAUGUGUCUGUAGUCUGUUAAUUGAUGCAGCAACCUAAUGACACAAAAACACCGAGAGGUAAACAUUGUCUUUAUCAAUAGACAUAUGAAUUUAAAUUUGAUUUGUAAUUUUAAAAUUUUGACAAAUAAAAGAACACUUCAGUGUGUCAUAUAAACUUGAAAAUACAAGAGUUGUACUUAUUUUACUAUUGUUGUAAAUGGCAUGUACAUUUAUCUCAUUUUAGAAAUCCAACAUCAUAAGUAGUGUAUGAUAUAUUAAAGUUUUAUUUUCUUUUACAUUUGUGUAUUUAUUUUGUUACAGGAUAUCAAAAUUGCAUACAUAUAUAUAUAUAUUUGUUUUGAUUUGUUUAAUAAAAUUUAUGUCAAAGUU